AUGUCCACCAUCUCCCGCAAUACCUUCCGACUCGCCCACCGUCCAUCGCCCUCAUUCUACAAGCCUCGAAGGCAAGCUUUCUCCUCGACCGCCCGCCAGCAACGUAAGUCCUCCUUUCGCUCGCGGCUACGGGAGGCAUUGCAAGCAACUCCAGUUGUAUGGAAGCCUAUUCCCAUCGGUCUGGGCAUUGCGUUUCUCGGCGCUAUCCAAUUCUACCGCAUAAAUGAGCGAGAGCGGCGACGCGAAGAGGAGGAAUGGAGACUACGGCAAAGCAACGGCGAAAGUGACGAAGACUCCAUAGGCAGCCCGAAACGUCGUCAGCGUAUUCGACCCAGUGGACCAUGGACCGUCCAAAUAAUGAGCACGAUUCCGCUCAAGGCUUUGAGCCGCUGGUGGGGUUGGUUCAAUAGCAUCGACAUACCAUACUACUUUCGGGUUCCAGGGUUCAAGCUAUAUGGAUACGUCUUUGGAGUCAACUUUGACGAGAUAGAAGAGAAGGACCUACACAAAUUCCGCAAUCUGGCAGAAUUCUUCUAUCGGACGAUUAAGCCGGACGUACGGCCGCUGGAUCCACAUCCAAACGCUCUGCUAAGUCCUGCAGAUGGAAAGGUCGUACAAUUCGGUGUGAUUGAGCGAGGAGAGGUUGAGCAGGUGAAGGGCGUCACUUACAGCGUGGAUGCUUUACUCGGCUCUGAUUCGAACGCAACGUCGGCCAAGAGCAAUACAGUGGGAGACAAGGAUGCGCCUAAGCCAUCGGGCAAGAGAACAAGAGAUGGCGAUCAGGAGACGAUACGUGACGAUGAGGAGUUUGCGCGAGUUAACGGCAUUUCGUAUACCCUCCCUAACUUACUGUCCGGAGGAGGAAGCGGUACCAGCAGUGCAUCUGUACCGACUCUAGAUCAGUCGACCAAGUCCUCGAAGAGUUCAGAAGCGGAGGUCUCCAAGGAUCUCGCCGCAUCACAACGACCUUGGUACUAUCCCGCAAAGGAAGAGACACCGACUGCGCUGUACUAUUGCGUCGUCUACCUGGCACCUGGAGACUACCAUCGCUUCCACUCGCCCGUGUCAUGGGUCGUGGAGAGCAGACGUCAUUUUGCCGGAGAGCUGUACAGUGUUUCACCAUAUCUUGUUCGCACGCUACCCGGGCUUUUCACCUUGAACGAGCGCGUUGUACUCUUGGGACGGUGGAAGUACGGCUUCUUCAGCUAUACCCCUGUCGGAGCAACGAACGUUGGUAGCAUCAUCAUAAACUUUGACAAAGAACUGCGAACGAACAGUCUGCUCACAGACACGCUCGCGGACAAGGCGGCAGAAGAGGCGGCGGAGAAGGGUGAGCCAUAUUCUGGGUAUGCAGAAGCUACGUAUACUUCCGCAUCCUCCGUGCUUGGUGGUCAUCCGCUGAAGAAGGGUGAAGAGAUGGGAGGGUUUCAACUGGGUAGCACGAUUGUGAUGGUCUUUGAGGCGCCAAAGGGAAGGAGGCCGACUUUCGACGAAGGCUUCCAAGAUGCGUCGACGAGGAAAGGUGGAUGGCAGUGGAAUAUUGAGAAGGGCAUGAAGGUCAAGGUCGGGCAGAAGUUGGGAUUCGCAGAUGUGGAUGAGGAGUGA